AUGUUGAUCAGUGAUGACAUCCAAAGCCAUCGCCAUUUGAUCCACUAUUUGCCACAUAUAUUGUCAACACUUGUCUGUCACCCAUUGGAUCAGUUAUACACCCAUUUGGUCCCACUUUUGCCCAUCAUUUGGACCUCUGUGAAUGAUAUGGAAAUGAAGUACAAUAUAGUUAUAAGGGAUUGUCGACCGAAUCUGCCAAACGGUGCCAAAAAGUCGUACAGAUUUGGCCAGAUUUCCGACGAUUGGGCGGAUAUUUACGCCUUUUUCACCGAGAAGUUUGGGAACAAAGACUUUGUCUUAUGUGUGAACAACGAAGACAAUACCACAAUCAAUGAAUUCAACUACAGUGAAGUGGUCACCAGUGGUAUGGAACUCAUUAUCAAAGGAGCCAAUGCUGCCGCGCCCGGCAUUAUCAACCACGAGGUGAAUAUCGCGCCACACUAUCACACGAUUACACAGUCGGGAAUGUAUGAGUACUACUCCUCCCGAGGCAUCGAUUCGGUGGUGAUAGCGAUGGCAGAGCUCAUCGACAACUCGCUGUCGGCCGUGAAGGACAACAAAGGCCUUCGACUCAUUGAUUUACACAGUCGGGAAUCGAUGGCAGAGCUCAUCGACAACUCGCUGUCGGCCGUGAAGGACAACAAAGGCCUUCGACUCAUUGAGAUCCGUCACUACGACAACGGCUCGGACUCUAUGGUCGUUAUUAUCGACAACGGGUGCGGAAUGAGUCUUCACGACCUCACGAAUUGGGCUAAAUUCAAGUUCUCUAAGUUUGUCCGUCAAAGUGAGUCCACAGACGCCGAGCCUAUGAACACAUCGCUUGAUUCGGGUGUCUUCUCGUCGGCGGAUCUGCCCCUAAGUCAACACCAAAGUCCAUACAAAGGUCUGCCGGCGGACAAACAGAAGCCCCGCUUUCUGGACAGCGAUAUAAACUUCUUCGGCGCGGGAGGCAAACAGGCCAUCUUCAACAUAGGAAAGGCAACUACUAUGAUCUCGAAGAUUGCGUCCAGCGAUUCCAUCUGCGAACUGACGCUCUCUGUGGCCCGAUUUGAUGAGAAGUCAAAGUUCAAUCCCGACGCCGUAUUUAAGGAACAGUUGUCUGAGAGACCCAAAGGCUUGACAAGACCUCUGCCAGAAGAGCCGCGAACUUCUGAUUACAUCGAAGAUGCUAUCAUUAAAGAGAUCGAAAACGAGUUCAAGAGUUUCACCAUUUGUUGCAUUAAAGAUGUCUUUAGUGAUCACUCGAAACAAUUUAAGAAAAACAAAGAGCACAACAAUUUUUGGAUGAAAGGUUUGGCCCGAAUCUAUCACUACUACCUUCACGGCCCGAAAGGCAAUACUGGGGCCAAAGAGUCUGUUCCCGACGAUUGGAAACGCAUUGAUAUUAUGAUUAAGGGAUUUUCGGUGAACAAAACGGGAGAUACAGUGCAGACGCAUCUCAUGCACAACACACAGUUGAAGAGCAUUGACGACGACUUCGAGUCACAAUUGGUUCGUUCGGCGAAAGACACGUUUGAGUUCGAAGUCGAACACUACGACAAGAAGGAUGCCAUCAUUGAGGGUAUCAUUCGUUACCAUCCCUACCAACACGACAGGGAAACGCUUCCAGUGCUCGACAUUAAUGAUGACUUGGGCGGCACCGCUUCCAUUGUCACAUCUGAUCUGUGCGAUGAAGAUGGCAUUGACUCGUACGGUCAGAAACCGCGUGGUAAAUGGCGUGAAGUGUUUGAGUGCUUCUGGCACGGGAGGCUCAUUCCUCAGGACGGCAUUGACUUCGAGUGGAAUAAAUUUAAUCCAAAGUCGAGUCAUGUCGACAAAGAUAUGGAAGAAUCGUAUUACCGCCUGUCGGGCGCUCUCUUCACGAACUCUCAUUAUCAGGUCUCGCAAAACAAGCAAAGUUUUAUGGAUUUGAGUCAAUUGAUGUCAAAAAAAGACUGCCUCACCUUCUUUAAGGUCGAUAGUAAUGGACGUCGAGUUCGCGGCACUUUCGAGAACCUCUUUAUGUCUUGGCUUAAGAAUUGUCACCUUAAGUAUGAUAAACAGGUCCAGUAUUUGGAUUAUCAAUAUGAUAUUCCCCGCAAUGAAGUGUCUACACUUAGAAAGUCGACUACAGGCGCGACAUUCUCUGUAUUUCAUCGGAUUGUAUGGAAGGACAAGGAGUGGAAAAAGGGCGACCAAAUUCUGACCAGAAAGACAAAGCCGGCCAAUAUUGUGGGAGUGAUCACCAAAUUCCUGGUUCCCGUCAAAUGCAGCGGUGAUUAUAUCGGAAGUCCGGGUUAUGUCGAAAUAUAUCAAAUCCCAGAUCUAAUCUAUGGCAAGGACUCCGACGCCUCCAAAAUAAUUAGCUUUACCAAAAUCAAUACCGACGCCACACCUGAAGAGAUAUCCACCGAAUAUAACAAACUGUUUCAUAGAUUGCCGCACAAAAUGCAAAUCGGUUUUCCGAACGCAUUUUCCUUACAUCCGGGCGAUGCUAUCGUUGCCGGAAGACCUAUCGGUGACAUUCAGAUCAAACUUAUUAACGCUAACGGAGAAGAUCUGACGACCGAUAGAAUACCACAAAAGGCAACGACCAAGAAGUUGCAAAUCCAGGCCGAUAUACUCAGAAUUGAGGGAAGGGAAACAUCGGUGGAGUUAUCGUACCCCGAAUUCGCCGAAUACAACAAGAACUGGCACUAUUGGUUCACUCAAAGCGAUGGUCUCCAAAAGACCGGCAAAUUUCGAUUAGUGUUUGCGUGUGUAAGCGAUGCUAAAAAGGAGACCGUGCAUGGCAAGUUUGCCAAUGGUGACUCAUAUCCUAAGGAUGAAAGCAUCGAGUUCACUGUCAUCGCCGGCCCACCCAUUGAUUUCAAAGUGAACGAAACUACUGUUAAGACAAUGAUUGGAAAGCCUUUUGAUUUGUCGCUCACACUAUACGACAAGUGUGACAAUGUGGUCACUCCUCACAUCAAUGCCCACAUUCCUAUUCUUAGCAUUCGUGGAUUUGUAGUGAAAUUUGAGAAACUGGUGGUAGCCGAUGAUGAGCUUGUCAUUAAAAAUAUUGUCAUUUCGGGAAAACUUACACAAAACCAAAAGAAACCUAUUUUGGACAUAAGUUUGCCAUCAUUUGAACUGCCCGUCCAAAUAGAGAUUGAUUUGCAAUUUGGAAAUCCAUCGGAAAUAUGUUUGCUCUCCGACGGGAAUAUUGCGGUAAUAAAUGGAACGACACUUGAAUUGGGAGUUGUAUUGAAGGACUCGGGAGGAAAUGACGUGACUUUUGUGAAACAUUGUGUCGUUUACGCCAAAGUGUUUGAAAAGAAAGAGAGCACUAAAACUGCAGUCACUUCUGAGUUCACAUUAAUUCCCAAACCAGACGAAGAGCCCAAUUGUUUGGCAAUCAAUCAUAAAAUUGAAAUCAAAGCGGGAACCGUUGACUUCAGUUUAAGACAAUUUGUACUUCGGUUUUAUCUCAAAUCCAAUCCAAACGUAUUUCUCGAGAAGGAUAUUGUGUUUAAGAAGAACUCCAAACCGACGUUUAUUCGCCUGUAUUUC